UAUAUUCUGCAUGUAAUCUGCAACAGCGGCCAUAUUAGAAUUUCAUGGCAACGUUUUCUUGAUGGAGCAAUUUUAUGCAACACAACAUAAGUGACAUGGACGCAGAAGAAAUGGCUUCUUCCAGGGAAGAAUCAGAAGAUCUCACUUGCUGCUCCGUUUGUUUUUUGCGAUUUGACAUGGUUGAACGGAAACCAAAAUUUCUUCCAUGUUCACACACUUUCUGCUUAAGUUGCUUGAAGUUAAUGGCUAUAGAUCAUGAUGGAAAGAUGAUUGAUUGCCCAGUCUGCCUUAAACCGUUUUCAAUUGCUUCUGUUGAAAUUUUACCAAAUAACAUGUAUGCUCUUCAAAUUAUUAAGAUGAGCAAGAUCAUGACAAAUGUUCAAAAGCUCAUGUUUACUCCACGCUGGUGUUUGACUUGCAAGGGUGUAGCCAAAGAAUCAUGUUUUAAUAGCCAUUCCACAAUCAGUUUAGCUCAAGAUGGUGAAGAAUUACAGAGAAAGAUUCAGGAUAGUGAAAAGAAUUUGAAUGAUGCCCUUGAGAAAAGAGCAAAAAUUCAGAUUCAUCAUAAUGCUGUUUUAAAUUCUCUAAAGGAAGCAAAAUAUUCAGCUAAGAAAGAGGCUGAGGAAAACACUCAGCACACAUUUACCUUAAUGACAGCCUUAGAGAGUAUUGACAAACUAAAAAAUGGAAAACAAGAUGUUCCAGAGGCCAGAGAAAAAAUUGAAGCCAUCUUUAGAGAAGCAGAAAAUGAGCUACAAUCGGCCUCUCAAUUGAUGUUUCAGUAUGAAGAUCAAACCGAAAUUCGUGUUUGGAUUGAAAAAGCUCCAUCUUCAGGGAAAACUUGUUUUCUUAGCCCGAAACUCCCUGCUUGUAACUCGGAUUUAGUUAAGACGACGGAAACCAGAAGAAUUUGUCCCAGCGAAGAGAAGGAGAAGAUCAUGUGUUGUGCAUUAAAUCCAGUUAGACCAAUUCUAGUUUGUGGUUUGGAAAGUGGGAAAUUGUGUUUGUUUGAAGAAGAACACGACUGUGACUUCGAACCAUUCUCAGAUUGGAAGGGCACAAUUGUUGAAACGUUGUCGACCAAACCGGUUUCAUUUAUUGCUUGGGACUUGGAAGGUACUAGAUUUGCAGUCGGCUUUGUGGAAGGCCUCGUUCAGGUGUGGAGUCGAGACUGUGAAAAAACCUUUGAACUCCAAAAUCAUACCAUGACGGUUAGCUCAAUUUCAUGGAAUCAUAAUAAAGAAGCUGUUGAUCUUUUUCUCACUACCAGUAUUGACAUGUCGGUUGCCGUGUUGAGUGCCACGUUACAAACCGUAGUGCAACAGUUCCCAUUCCAAUCGGAAGUCUGUGAUACCGUUUGGGUCAGCGCUGAUUCGUUUGUAUGUUUUAACGAGGAUAAUAUUUUUGACAUGCAUCAAAUCGGGAAAGACAAACCAAUACGAACAUUUCGCGAUCUUAACGGCACUUUGAUUCGAUUGUGUUUUAGAGGUCGCCUUGCCUCUUCUUCUGAUGACGGAUGCAUCAAGAUUUGGUCAUUGGAAGAAGAUAAACCUGUUCGUCAGUACUCCACGGAUUCACCUGUUUACUCUAUUGACUGGAUUCCGAUAAAUGAAAAAGAUGCUGAUACUGGCGAUAAUGCUGGCUGUCAACAACUUCUUGCCAGUGGAUUAGAAAAUGGGCUGGUUCACAUAUGGGACGUUUCUGGAAUCUCUGACUCACCACUUGAAACACUUAAAGGACAUACCGAGCCUGUCAACAUCGUUUACUUCUCAUGGUGUGGAAAAUUAUUAGCGACAUUGUCUGAUAGAAAUAACACGUUAAUUGUGUGGUCCACGAAGAGUUGGGAAAAAGUUUAUGAAACUAUCAUAAAUGACGGUAGUGAAAGUGAUUCUCGUGAGCCAUACUUUCUUUCUUGGAAUAUUAACAAGGUAUUAGCGACGGUUAAUGGGGGGCGAGAAGUAACGGUGGCUGAAUUUGAAUAGUUUUGGAUUUUUAACAAUCAUAUUCAAGUCAAGAAUUCUGGUCGAGUAAAAAGAAUGUUUGAAAGUGUUAACGCGAUGGUUUGUUACUAUGUUAAUUAAAUAUUGCGCUGUGGAAUUUCAUAAUCAAGACAUCUUUUGUUUAUGCUCAAAACCUGGUUAAUACAGAAAUUUUUUAUGUUUUUUUUA